AUGGAGUCUUUCCUGCAGAUAGCUCCCCACUCCCUGGCUAUAGUGCUGUCCAGGGUCGGGGCUGGGGAGGCGGUGGGGGCGGCCGGGGUGUCAGAGAGCGACGAGCUGCCAAGGCACCACACCGGCUAUGAGAUUUUUGCUGAUUUCAAAGCAGAAAAUACCCAGCAGCAUGUGUGGAACCAGCGGAUUACCGAAGCUGUGUCAGAGACCUUCUUCCUGGGCUGGAUAGACGAGCAUGUGCUGCUGAUCCAGGGGAAGGAGGACCACCUGGAGGUGCUGAGGGAGGGAUGGAUGCGAAGGUCCCUCAAUCCGCCCCGGGGAUUCACCAUCAAAUACCUGGGUGAUGUGUCACCCAUCAGUAUGUCCCCCAUCAGCCAAUCGCAGUUCAUCCCUUUGGGAGAGGUAUUGCUAUUGGCUAUCUCUGCUAUGAACUCCGCCCAUAAGCCUGUCACUCAGGAGGCCCUAACUGAACACCUGCAGACAUGUUUUCCAGGUGUUCCCACACCAACGGAGGAGGUUCUGCACCACACGCUAAGCAUGCUGGUCCGUGAGCGGAAGAUCUACCCAACACCUGAGGGAUAUUUUAUCGUAACGCCUCAGACUUACUUUAUCACUCCGAGCCUAAUCCGAACCAGCUCCAAGUGGUACCACUUAGACGAGCGAUCCGUCGAGCGACACCAGCAGCAGCAGCAUCAGAACCAACAGCAGCAUCAGCAGACGCAGUGCACCUCCCCGCUCUCCGGCACCAUCACCCCGUCCACCUCCGGAGGCGUGCGAGACCGAACACACCAAAAGUCCAGCCAAAACCACAGUGGGGGAGGCGGAGGAGGUGGGGAUUCUUUUUACAACAACGCUUACCGUGGAGACGACCCCCCAAGUCACCACACCACCCUGCAGCGCCGUUCCCCCAAAGACCACCGAGAGGCGUACUCGUCCCCACAUUCCCCACAAACACCUCCUCAGCAAACAGGAGGCACCACAGAGAAGAGCCGCAGCACCCUCGGGUUCCCCUUCAAGACGGACACGCUCACCAAGCACCGAGGAGGGGGAGGUGGCGGGGGAGGAGGGGGAAGUGGGGGAGGAACUGCAGAGAUAGAGAAACAAGCCAGUGGAGGAAGUGGUACAGGAAGUCGAAAGUUUGGUUUGAAGCUGUUCCGCCUGAGUUUUAAGAAGGACAAGGCCAAGCAGCUGGCCACCUUCUCUGCACAGUUCCCGCCUGAGGAGUGGCCUCUGCGCGACGAGGAGGCGCCGAGCCAGCUGCCACGCCACGUAGAGAUGGAGAUCAUCCGCAGGAUCAACCCCGACCUUACUGUAGAGAACCUCGCCCGGCACACGGCAGUCAUGAAGCGUCUCGAAGAGGAGCGUGCUCAGAGGAGCAAAGCAUCAUCAGCCAAUCAGAGCUCUAGGAGUAGGAGAAGCGGGGGAAGACACAGGAAGCAAUCGCAGACCAAACUCAGCCGUUCACAUAGCAAGACGAGGGCGUCCCGUGGUGAGCCGAGUGACGGCUCCCACCUGGAGCUGGCCGACAGGGACUAUAGAGCCUACUCGUCCUCGCUGGCUCGGUCGCCAAGGGAACACGCCCUGGCCAUGGAGCGGCAGCGGGCCCGGCUUCACCUGGCGCACAGCAACCCCAACAUCCUUGAUUCCUCCCACCUGCCUGUCACACCAGAGUGGGAUGUGUCUGGAGAGCUCGCCAAGCGACGCACAGAAAUGCCUUUCCCUGAGCCAAGCCAUGGCCCAUCAGCCCACCACUCCAAAGUCCACCGCUCGCACUCCCACACCCAGGAGAGGAAGUCCAGGAACGAACGCAGCGACAAGGCCAAGGAACGUUCCAGAUCCAUGGACAAUUCUAAAGGACCGCUCGGAGCCGGGUUGAUUGGACCCCCCGAUUACUAUGACGACCGGAGCCGUUACUACACUGACGAUGGCACCCUGCGAGCCAAUCAGAGCUCUUCUCACUAUUCUCGUGCCACGCCCCCCUCGGCUAAACUGCCUGGGGAUUCUCUGGGGUUGGAUGGCGGCAGGAGCUUAGAAAAGAGUAAGAGCAGGGACAGCCUUCCUGCGUACUCACCCAAACCACUGCCCACCUCUGUACCUCCUGAUGAUUACUUCCAGUGCUCUGGUUCCUCUGAGGCUGUUCUCACAGCAGCAAACCCGCUGGGAACUCUGGGUAAAAGUAGCCAUGAUGGAUUAAAAGUAGGCAACACUGACAGGCAAACAGACAGACAGACACCCCACCCCCAAGAAAAUAAGGAGGACUUAAAGGUGGGACCUAAGGGUGGCAGCCUGCCUCCUAUACCUCUCUCUAUCCCCGACCCCCCCCUCCCUAAUGGACGACCUCCCCACAGUGCCUCCUCUGGGCAGGAGAAACGUAAGGAGAUCUUUAGCAAAGACACACUCUUCAAACCUCCUCCGAGCCUCCCUCUGCCCGGCUACAGCUCCCUGAGAAAACCGCCCGCCCUUGCCUCCUCUACUCUGUCCUCGUCUUGCGAUGCACUUGAUUCCCAGGAGGCCUUUGAUGCUCCCAAACCUCUGGUGGCCACACCAUCUGCCCCCCCACAGGGGACCGAACCCACUACCAGUGCUGCAGAGGCCUCCUUCGACUAUUACAACGUCUCAGAUGACGAUGAACUUGAUGAGGGAGGGACUAAAAGUCGAGGGGAGAAUGAGAAGGCCGGAGGAGGCGUGGUUGGGAUUGGAGGGGGUGGAGCAGGCACCAUGCAGUGGCUGCUGGAGAGAGAGAAGGAGAGGGACCUACAGAGGAGGUUUGAAAGAACCCUCACCUUCCCUGGUGCUAAAGAGAACCUUCCCGAGUCCAGUCAGAACCAGCAGUCAGCCCACUCUGCUAGACUGGACAGUAUGGACUCCAGCUCCGUCACUGUUGACAGUGGAUUCAACUCUCCACGAACACGGGAGAGUCUAGCGUCUAACACCUCUUCCAUAGUGGAGAGUAACCGUAGGCAGAACCUGGCACUGAGCCCCGGCCACCUCGGCAUCACUACUGGCAACGGCCCCCCCUUCUCCUUCCGUACAAUCCCGGAACCUGCUGGCACCCAACCAGAGAAACUCCAGAAGCCCAGCGCCUGCCUUGCGUCAAUCACCAGCGUCUAGGGGCGGAACUAAGGGUUGGGCGGGAUGCUGAGAGCCAAUGGACAGGGGCCAGAAAAUAAAAGUUCCACCCACAAGGACUGUUACACCUUUAGACUGACAGACUGACUGAACCAGUGGAGC